AAACAAUUGUGAAAUUAUCAAAAAAACGAGGUUUGCAGAGUUUACUAUUGCAUUGAAUGAAAGAAAAACUGUUCAUUUAAUAGCAUUUUAUAGAAUAUAUGAGCUUUUCUUUGGAAUCCUAGUGUGUUGUGGUUUCGUUUCUUUUCAAGCAUCUUUCAAGAAUUCAUAGGGUGCGUUGUCAUAGACAUUGGGUUUUUCAUUUCAACACGGACCUUGUUUUAUUUACUAGAAUUUCCUUUAGUUACGAACGAACGAUAUGAAUGGUAUGCAAGAAGACCAAUCUGUUCCACAUGGUUACACGUCGAAAGAAGGCACUUCGUAUGGGCAGCGGGAGCCCACUUCAAUUCGAGGAACAGAAGACGCGAUGCCGGCUCCACGAUUAUACCCCAAACUAAGCGCACGACCAGCCACGACUCAGUACCAGUUCAAAGAAUCGUUAAAUAAGCGCGUGAAUGACCGUCUGCAUUCCUUGGAAAUGCAUCGGUCGUCUUACGAUGCUCCUGUUACUGCUAAUUCUUCGGCGUCUUCCUAUGGCAGUACACCACGACAGAUGCGUAUGCACCCUCCGCAAAUCUUUCAACACAAGACUCCAGAAUUUAAGCAUCGAAAACGAAAUGCAGAAUCCAUUAUCACCCCGAAGGCUCCUGUUUCAUCAGCAGGUACACCUGUCAAUAAUUCAUCUAAUACUUCUACACAAGCACCCCGACAGCCUCCUCCUGCUUCAUAUGUACCUUCGUCCGCAUCAUCCUUUUCAUUUCAUCCUCCAAACUCGAGCUCACAAUCUCAAUUCGCUGAUCAGCCUGCCCCACAUUUAACAUCUGCCAAUUCUAUAAAGAAUAGCAAUCCCGACGGUUCUUCCUUGCAGGUUGCACAACCCGUCUCUCGUUUUGCGCACGCACCUCCAUCUUCUGAAGUAUCCGUUCCUUCUCUUCCUAAUUCCUCUGACUUACCUCCAGAAAUCACCCUUAAUAUCUCACAAAAGCAGCAAGCAGCAUUGGAAGCCGAAGUCGAAAGUUAUAAGGCUAAGCUCAAUGGUAACCAGCAUGAAAUCACUUCUCUUCAAAGUUCUUUGGCAUAUCUUUCUGGCCAACUAAUUGCGAUGAAUGAGCAAUUUCAACAGCUGCAAACCGAACACGCUGUUGCUUCAUCAGCUAAAGGUACCAGUCAGAAGCUGAUUGAAGCACAAGAAGAAGACAAGGGUUCCGUAUCUAGUUUUUCUUCCUCUUCGUCUACAAAAAGGCAAACAUACACUCAGGAAGACGUCGACAAGCUACUUCAAGAGCGAAUGGAAAAAGUUGCUGAAGAUCUUCAUGCUCAGUAUUCUGCUAAACAUACUCAAAAAAUCUCUGCAUUUAAAGUGAAUUACGCGAAAAAAUAUGAUUUUACAAUACAAGAGCUUCAACAACAAGUAACCGCUGCCGCUGCUAGAUCUAAUAUUGUUGACCCCUCUUGGGAACUAGAAAAGAAAACUCUACAAGAGGAUAAUGAUACUCUUCGAAAACAAUUGGAAAAAGCUAUACAAGAACAUCAAGAGAUGUCAGCGUUAUUGGAGAACUUUAAAGCUGACAUGGCUACAAGUGAUCGUCACCUAACCCAACAACAGUCUGAACAAACCGAUAACUUGAAUACAUUAAAUUUCCAAAUUGAAGCCUUGCAAGAACAACUUCAAAUUGAAAGGGAUGAACGUAAAGCAGUUAUUCAAAUGAGCGAGGAGCUUGCUCAAGUCAUAGAAAAACUUGGAAUGAAACAGACUUAGGUAAUUCCAUUCCUCAUCUUUCGACCUCUUUUCAUUUUGACAUACUUUGCUUCCUUCUCUGAAAGACGCUAAAACAAUCGCGUCUUUCCGUUUUAGUCGCUUUGAAUCAGAAAAGGCCUUCUUGUUUUAUUUAUCUUUCUGAUAAGUUCUCUAUUUAAUUUUGUAUGUACUUUACUUUCGCGGAUUUCGAUUCAGUGUAUGUUCUCUCGCUUGUGUUUACGGCGUUAAAUUAUUAGGUGUAUAAUUGCACUUAUAUUCGGCUCAUAAUGUUUUUCAUCUAAUAAAAGUUAUGUAUUUUGGGU